AUGCUUACCCUGGGAGAGAUGGCCGCCUUCGUGCCCGUGGCUGGCUCAUUCUGUACUUACGCCGGGCGGUUUGUCGAUGAUGCGCUUGGCUUUGCCCUCACUUGGAACUACUGGUUCAAUGAUGCGGUCUCGACGGCCUCGGAUAUCAUCGCUCUUCAACUGCUGCUAAAAUUUUGGACGGACAAUUUCCCCGGCUGGGCGAUCAGUCUGAUCUUCUUGAUUGUCGUUAUUGUGUUGAAUCUGAAGCCUGUCGGGGUUUAUGGCGGGGUUGAGUACUGGCUCAGUCUUCUGAAAGUGGUCACAAUCUGCAUUUUCAUCAUCCUGGGCAUCGUGGUCAACGCAGGCGGCAACAGAGACCACAAAUACAUCGGCGGACACAACUGGCACAUAGGCGACGCACCGUUCGUGAACGGAAUAGGCGGCUUCGCAUCAGUCUUCGUGACCGCCUCGUUCGCGUAUGGAGGCACUGAAUCGAUCGCGGUGACGGCCGGCGAGACGCAGAAUCCGGCGAAGAAUCUUCCCAAAGUGGUGCGCAACGUAUUCUGGCGGAUUCUGCUCUUCUACAUUCUCAGCGUCUUGCUCAUCGGCUUGAACGUCCCCUACAACUACCCCAACCUCUCGGAGAAAUCGACCACCACAAGCCCUUGA